AUGCGCUUCCCCCACACUCUGCUCUUGCUCGCAGUAGCUCAGCUCUCAACCGCAUGGCUUGUCAAGUACUAUGCCACAGAAGAGAUUAAACAUGGCUGGGGGACGACUGUACAAACCACCGUCUCGCCAGUCGUGACAACCGCUCCGUUGACCGUCGAACCGACCUCCACCUCCACGACGUACUCUACAGAUUAUAUUACCAGGACCGAUGGCGGUAACUACCGGAUCAAUGUCACGAUAGAAUAUCUCAUUUUGCCAAAUGUCACCAAUCUUCCAAUUUCGGCUUUCUAUGUCUGGGAUCCACCAGUUCCAACCCAGAAUCCAUCCGUGACGACAAAUUAUUAUCUACCCGUCACAUUGAGCAACCCUGCAUCAUGCACCAAGACCGAAUUCACAUAUACGGACUCGGCUAGAAUCUUGCUUCCUAAGUUCUUGAAAGCGCAAGCGACUGAAUCGACUAUAGCCACAUUCGUUUCGAACUAUGUGUCAACCAUAAGCACGAAUCUAGGCGGGCAGGAAGUGACCACAUCAAGAUGCGAUGUCUAUAUGAAUGACAAGAUCGUUCCCAUGGCCUCUAUUGAUCUCUUUGAUUAUGAACGGUAUCUUACCGAGUGCAUAGAUCCUCGACGAUCAAUGUGUAGCUCAGGUGAAAAUACUGAAGCUACGGGCACUGGUGGUUGUCUUGGGGUAUACCCGCCCACGGGGACAGCUGAUAGCGCAUCUACCACCACUACUUCGAAUGGAGUUGCUGAUCCGACUCAAACUGGUGCUGCGACAACAUUGAGAAGCUCAAUACGCCCAUUAAGCAUCUUGGCUUGCAUUUGGGCUACUUUGACGUGCUGGUAG